UGAACGCGUUAUUUGCAGAGGGCUGUUCGUCCGUGAAGGCUACCCUGUGCAAAUUUGGUGCGAAGAACAGUGAAAAGCACAAGCUUUUCAGGAGUGAUUCGCGAAGGACGUCCCGUCUGUCACCGGCUGCCAGAGAUUCCCGACUUUGGUCGCUGUCGGGGCCCCCCUCUAAUUCGCUGUUCUCCACCAGGGUUGGGGUUUAAGAACCGCAGAAAGUUGUUGUUUUGGAGAGGUAUAGGCAGUGAGGUAACAUCUUCUGAUCGCUAUCUCGAUUAAUGCUUUUGGAUUGCAAAACUUGAUGGAAUUUCGAAGCUAUCUGCUUAGCGAGACCUCCCUGGUCAUCUGGUGCCAUUGCCCUGUUAGUGUAAGGUGGCGUAGCUGUGUCAAUUUCAUCGAUUUGUUUUUCAUCGGAAUGAAUGAGCCUUGUUUGUUGUCCUUUCCGGAACAGGCCGAAGUUAUGAGCUUGUUCUUCCUGAUCUGUUAACAGAAUGUUCCCAUGUUGCUGUGGAUUUGUGGUUCCGCCUAUCUGUGCUUUUCUUCCUUGUCUGCUCAGUUAAUUUGACUGCUUCGAAUGUGGUUGCAAAACUAUGCAUUGAUGCCAUGGUCGUGGUUUAGAAUUUUUGGCUUAUGGCCGUUGCCAUCUUACUGUGCAUUCUGUGGGAUAGGCAUAUGCAUGUUCUUUGCAUUUCAAGAAGCAAAAGACUAACUGAUUUCGGUGUUUCAUACUGUUGUCUAUUGCUGCUAAUAGUGCAUUGUUAGGUGCAUUGUUAGAUCAUUGUUAUUAUGGACCAACUGCAUGCAUUAUGGCUCCUAAAGGCGAAAAUAUCAUCGACUGGAGUGAUGAAAUGGAGUUCGCUUUCAUAAACAUAAUGCUUGAGAAGCUGAGAAAAGCACACACUACAACAUGGAAGCAAACUACUUGGAAGGAGAUCACAACUGAGAUGGUAAAUCUAUUUCCUGAUCAACAACUGUGUUUGUAGAAGGUAAAGGACAAGCAUCAGAGAAUGAAGACAAAUUUCACCCGAUCCUCUGAAAUAGUUAGGCAUACAGGCGUUGGGUGGGAUGCAGACACAAACACCAUCACAACCGACCAAGAUGUUUGGGAUAUGUUUGUAAAGAAGAACAGGGCAUACGGGGCAUUUCGGAGCAAGGGCUGCAACCACUACGAUUUGCAGAAGCAACUCUUUAGUUCUUUAGUGGCUACCGGUGCUCUUCGCAUCUUCUCGACCGAUCCACCUCCAACUUUAAAAGAAGAACGCCGAUUAAAUGAGGAAUUCUUAUCUAGGGGGAAGGGGAAGGGGAAGGGAAAACAACAUGUCGACCUUGAAAAAGGCUCCGACGAAAGUGACGACCUUGUCCAUGUUGUAGAGCCCAUGAUAACCGAGUCUCGACGUCGAGUGCUGAAAAGGCGUCUAAGCAAGACUUCACAAAUGCAGGAAUGCAUGGACCUGUUCAGGGAGAGUUACACGAAGCAGCAGCCACAGAAAACCCCACCGUUGAUAAAGAGAAGCAAGUCGGUAACGAGCCCUGAGAAACUUGAGAAGAAUAGCAUUGAAGAAGCCCUCGAGGAGUUGGUUAAAUUGAAAUCGAGAAUCCCUCACUCCUUGUAUGUGAAAGCCGCCAGAGCCCUCCUUGAUCCGGGAGCGCGGAGGCUUUUCAUGUGGUUCAAGGAGGACGAUCGACAGGAGUGGAUACUGCAGCUUUCUCAUACUUGAAGAAUUUGUGAACCCAUCUUUAUUUUUGUUUUUUAAAAUUACUAUGGUUUUUUUUUUAUGAUUGAACUCUUGUUUGUUUUGUGUGUUUUCUUUUGUUGAUGAUUUUCUGUUUGCAUGUUAAAUGGUUAUGAUUAAUGUGUUUCACUGUUAACGAAGUGUUCGUGAUCUUAUGUCCACACCGACAGGCAAUCAUUUG